AUGAAGCUGUUUUUAACGUUGCUCAUUGUUCUUCAAAUUGUUGCCCUGAUCAGCGCUAAGCCAAGGCUAGGCUCUUCAAAGAUGCAGAGCUGUAAGAAGGAUUCCGAUUGUGAGGAGAUUGGUGGUUGUGCUGCUAUCGAUGUCAAGACAAUUUGCAAAAAGCCCAACAAAGGUGAUGUCAGUGGGUACUGUUUUUGUGCUGAUGACUAA